AUGAAACGCUCUCGGUGCGAGGGCGCUACAGAUUGUCCGCGUUACACCACGUGCCGUGCCGAGGACGGACGCCCCGCGUGUUCAGAGCACGGCGGGGUGUCAAGACGCGGCCGAUGGGACCGCCAGGCUGAGGCCCCGGCGUCUGCCCCCCCAGCGUCUCCACCAGAACCAGCAGGUCCGCCAGCGGGCGUGGAAGCCACGUCGGAUUCGGAUUGUUCCGAUGUUGACAGCGAGCAAGACCAGGAACACGAUGAGGACACCCGGGAGCCUACGUCAUGGACGGGCAUAUCGUACCAAGGAGACGACAGUGAGAAGUAUUUGGUGGGAGCGGACUUGAUGUCCGAUAACCUUAGCAUCGCUUCUGACCAGAUCGCUGUCCGCAUGGGUUUCACCAACAAGCCUUUGUUCCGCGCGUUCUUCUACUUCUACUGCCUCUUAGUUGUGGUCCAGCCGGACGUGUUGGUCCCGAAGGAAACCCGGGAUCGCGUGGAGUCUGGGCUAGAGCGCGCCCCGUCGCUGCAUCGAGCUAUUGUGUCGCACGCGCCCUUGUUGGGCAGGCAGCCUCGCCUGGACGCGGCGCUCAGGUCGCGCGCGUGUUUUGCGGUCAGCAUCUAUCGACGCAUUUUCCGUUCGGCGCCGGCGACUGAGGCUCGCUUGGCUGCGUGUUUGGCGUGCGAUUGCAUGCUUCGAUACACGGGAACCGCCAAGUUCAUCGAGGAUACGGCGAUGCGGGAUCCAUGCGCUGCUCUUCGACAUCUCUGCGACGGCGUCACGCCGGACACGAGCGAGGCGGUUGCUGGUUUUCUCCGCGCAUCUGUCCUCAGCAAACUGCAUCUGAUGUCGUCUGUCACUGGGUGGUUCGACGGGCACGACGGCAGGCGGCGCACGUACCCGCGCAGCUUCGGUGUUCCGAUUGUUUGCAAUUUCCGGAUCAUGGACCACCUGUUGCACGCUCUGCCGGGAUGGAUAGCUUCCUGCUUCGCCAUCGCGGGCCAGCUGAGCAGUUUAAUCAGAGUCGCGAAGAUGGCGCGGGCUGGCGAGGACGACCCCGGGCUGGUGAAGCGAGCUUUCGCGGUGACGGAAGCGCUCAUGCUCAGUUUGCUUACGCUGGACUUACUGGGUCGCCCCACCGUGUCACCGUCGCUGCCGUUUGCGUCCAGGGUGCACUGCCACCCGCUGAAGUUCAUGCUCUCGGACAUAUUCUUGUUGGUCGGGUGCGCCGCGUGCAGCCACGCGGGCAGGCCCGCCGAUGGCGGCGGUGACGGUCGCAUCAUGGGGGUGCCGCCAGAUGCGCUCGCGGACUACGAGUGGAGGUCGAGGUGCCGCGUGCUCGCGGAGGCCACGAUGGCGGUCGAGGCAGCGCUGAUGAACAACAUGUUCGGCUGGCUGUCGCGGCACGGCCUCUUUAGCGAGUGUGAGUCGCACGCGCCCCGCGCGCGGCGUCGCAUCCUCCUCGCCAUGGACUGGUCAAUCGUCGGCGACCGAGCCGGGGCGCUGCAGGCGAUGACUGCAAUUGCGCAGGACCGGGACACUAUGUGCGCGAUCUGCUGGUCAGACUUUGACGAGGCGCCUUGCGAGGCGUUGAUGUGCGGGCACGUUUUCCAUGCAGAGUGCUUGGCGCGAGACAUGGAGGCAAGGGGCGUUUCUAAACGGCUGCAGCGAUGCCCAAAAUGCAAGAUGACAGCAGACGCAGCAGAGAAGGCGCCAGUGGCAGGGGGCCACGGCGUCUUUGCGAUCCCGGACGCCCAGGGGGGGACGCGGGUGCUUCGUCGCCGAGCGCAGGCCAGGGCAUCCGGCAUCUGCGGCGCCGGCAGUUCCUCCGGCGACGCUGCGGGGGCUGCGACGGAUGGCCAGAACGGCAGCGCGCUUCCAGCAGCGGAGGCGGCGCCCGCCGCCGCCGCGGUUCCCCAGGACAUCGUGCCUGCGGAGGCGGCGCCCGCCGACGCCGCAGCGGUUCCCCGGGACAUCGUGCCCGCCGCGGGCGCCCCCAUGGACAUCGUGCCCGCUGCCAGUCAGGGCGGCGAGCUGGCUGGCAGCCAAGCCGGCGACGGCGAGCUGGCUGGCAGCCAAGCCGGCGACGGCCCGGUCAUGCUCGACCCCCUCCGCGGGCUUCAGUGGAGGAGCGCCCCGGCGAAACGACGGAAGAUUAUGAAGGAUGCCCCGGAGCUGGUGCAGCAGUGGGACGAGAGGAUUAGGGCCGCCGCGGGCGCGGGUGCGCUCAACGACGUCCUGUUCAGCAAAGAGACCUCCGCUGGCUUCGAGAACGCGGAGACCGCGGUGGCGACCAUCAAGAAGUGCCUGGAGUCCAUCGCCAAUGACACUAGGGAACCCCACGAACUUGCAGCUGACCUCGACUUUGACCAGCGGCCUGGGCACCCGCUAGUGUGGUACGACGUGGUGAAGCGCAUCUGCGACGCUCAGGGCUACCACCACGAGGGCUUCGCGCUCCUCCUCGAGUCCAACAUCGGCUUUUGCGAGCACAGCGAGACGUACCUGACCCACGAUUUGGGCUGCACCCACCGUGUCUCGCCGUCGCAGGCGUGUCUCGUGUCGCAGAGUGCCUCCAUGCGCAAGAGCCCCCAGCUCGAGUUGGCGGACAGCCUUAUCCUCGACGCCGAGAGCGCGCCACUGGAGUGGGCGGACCGCAAAGUGCUCAUGACGGACGGGACCAAGAAAGGCACCGAGUCCACCCUAGAGCAGUACAGGCGCGGGCUGCUCAGCAGUUCGGAGGGCGCCAAUACGAUCUACGUGGAGGGCUACUCGAGUAAGGAGGCCAGGAUUCACUUCUUCUUCAAGCAGCGCCUGUGCCAGUGGACGCAGGCCGAGUCCAUCUCGUCCCCGACGGGGCAUGGGCCGAUGGCGCUCGUGAAGGGCACGUACAAUUUCGGCUGCCGCAUCAUCACGCAGCCCGAGACAGCGGACUCGACCAUGCGCCCCGGGGCGCAGGGGUGGCACAAGCGCUUGUCCAUCGCGGCGGCGCCUCAGGAGUCGCGUCUUGCAGGGUGGGCGAACGGCUUCGCCGACACUGAGUGCCAGGACUUCCUCAAGGAGAACCGCAUCAACAAGUGGUGGAAGGCAAAGCUUUUGUUUUUCCGUUCUGACCUGCUCCGCUCCUCUCUGAGCACCAUGCGCAUCUUCCAGCACUGCGCGGGCGAGCAGGCGCCGCUGCGUAGCCAGAUCUCCUUCCUCGAACUGGCCGCGGCGCUGCAGCGCGUGCACCGGCAGUGGCAGCUUCACCACGGCGCCUACAUCUCCAUGUUGGCAAAGGACCCGUCCGUGGGCGGGAUGGCGCCUGCUCCGCUGGCGGGGCGCUUGCAGUUGUCUUUGGAGCAGACUUUGCAGGCCGCCCUCUUGCAGCACACGCCUCGAGACGGGCGGAUCACGUACACGGCUUUCCGCUUGGCAGUCCGCGGCAAGCGCGGGCCAGCGUUCAGGGGCGCGACGGGCCAGCCGGGCGUGGGCCCGCUGAUGCCGCGCAUCAAGGUGGCUGUGGCGGCCCUGGUUGCGGGCGGGGUGCUCGAAGAGGCGCCCGGCGCGGACCAGGGCUUCGUGAAGGUGGGCUAUCUCAAGCAGUCCGAGAAGCAAGCGGCCUUUCGCCGCAGCCUCGGCGUCUCGGUAGAGGCGAUCCACGCGCCCGCGCGUUUCUGCUGCGUCUGCGGGGCCCCUUCGCUCGACCAUGGCCCGAUAGGUGGGCCCGCCCGCGAGCCAAGCCGCUCGGCCGAAGGGGGGCCGAGAGCACCGGCGCACCCGCGCAAGGCGUGGGCGCCUCGGGCGGCCCUGCCAGAGCUCGGUCCGCGCGACGCAGCGGCGCUGGACGCUGCGCUGGCCCAGCGGGACUCCGCCCGCUCAGGCGUUGGCGCACGGGCAGACAAGCGGGCGCGCCUGGCGUUGCGCUUUCGCGCGGGGCGCACGCGGGGCACGCUGGCCCGACUGCUCCAGUGUGGACUUGUUAGCGGCGACGGCGGCCCGGCUGAGACGCUGGCCCCGCGGGCAGGGCUCGCUGGCAAACUUCGAGGCGAGGAGGUGGUCGUCCUCGACGCCUUCGUGUGCCGCGGCCGCCUUCGGUGCGACGUGGCCCCCGUAGUCCAAGGCUCUGGGGCGGGCGCCGCUGGCGGCGCGCACGUGCUCAGGACGAGUUUGCGGCGUGGUUUGACCACGCGUGCCGGUUCUGAUCUCACGGACGUGCAGCAUCGGUGGCGCUGCCGGUCGAUCGUCCGCGGUGUUCCAUGGAUGGCGCGCGUGCCCGAGGGCGUGUCGGAUGGCGGGCGCGCAGCAUCGGUGGCUCCGCGCGCUCUCGUGGAAGACGCGCAGAUGUUGCAGUCUUUCCGCCACGCCCUCGCCGGCAUGAACGUCGCGGCGCCCGCGUGCCAGCGGCCCGCGGCGCCAGUCCUCGUGAUCCCGAAGGCCGCCGACGAUCGCGCCCGGCAAUUCCGGCACUGGGUCGCGCGUCAGCAGGGGGGGGCCGCGCUGCAGCCGAGCGGGGAAUGCAGGCGCGGGAGCUACGUUUGGGACUUCCCGUGGCCAGUGCAGCUGGCGUCGUACGGCGGGCGCGGCGACGACGUCGGGCAUCGCUGUUACUUCCCAGUCGCCGACGAGGACGUGGUGCGCGUCGCCCCUGACGCGAUCGUCAUCCGCGGCAACGCGGCGGAGGGCGGGCAGAAGGAGGGCCGCUGUUACGUGACUGGGAGGUUCCUGGCGAGAUUCCUCUUCUGCCUGAAUGACACGCUGAACUUCCGCGAGUGCCGUCGGCAGCUGCUCGGGGAGUACGUCGCCGUCGCGCGCGGCGCGGAGGCGGGCUUGAGCGACGCCGGCGCGCGGGCAGUCCUCUUCAACAUCGCUUUCGCCCUCCCCAAGCGCAAGAUGUUGGGCAUGAUCGCCCCGCGCGCCUUCUCCGCCCCGAUUUCGCGGAGAGUGUCUGAGAUGCGGCGCCUGCAGAGUCUCUACAACGGUUCCGGGCUGCGCGUGGACGGCAACUUCAAGCUGGCGAAGAAGAUUUGGAGAGGUGCCGGCAAGUCCCGCCAGAAGCCCUUCAGUUGCGUGCUCGGCAUCUGCGGGACGGACGGAUCGCCCCUGCUGCCUGUCGCCCCCGUCCGCGGGGAGGCCUGGAUGGACAUCAAGCGCGUGCUGCAGCCUCUGCUCGCGGACAUCGUCUCUGCUCGCCAGGCCGCCGGCAUGUCCUUGGAGGACGCGUGCCCUGCGUUCGUCAGCACCGACUCCUACAACAAGCACUUCAAGAAGUACGCCGACGUGGUGAAUGAGGCGUGCCAGCUUGCCCGGGUGCGGACGGCUGGCGCCACUCCGCGCGGCCCACUCGCCGCGCGCUGCAUAGUCGCGCCUUCCGUCGGCGUGCUCGUGGCAGGCGAGCCGUUCCACGACGUCCUCAACGCGAGGAACCGCAAGGCGCGCCUCCCGUGCCGGCGCUUGGAGAGCGCGGGCGCGACCUCCUGCGGACUGCUGUGGCUCAGUCUGCCGCGUCCUUCCAGGAAGCGCUCGCGCAGAUGCGUCUUCAAUUCGAAGCUGCGGCGGCAUUACAGCCGCCUUCUCAAGUCGCGACGCUUGAGCGGCUUGCUUGCGUGGCAAGAGUGCGCCGAAGGCUUGCGGGCCGCCGGCGUGGGCCCUCGAUCCGGCACCGUCCCAGUCGAACAGUCUUGGGCCAUCACUGCUUCGCACUGGCCAUCCGAGACUAAGACUGCAGGAGAGAAAGUUUUCAAGUUUUUUGCAGACUUGUCAUUCCUGCGGUUUUUGUACAUGCACUUCCACAGUUCGGCGUUGCCCGCGUGGGUCGACGAUGACGUCAUGUAUUUCCAGCAGAGCGAACGCGCCCGUCUCAUGCUCGAGCCCGAGACAGCUCUGCGGCUGGAGCAAGAGUUGGCGGACGCCGCUCGCCAGAGUUCGCA